AUGGAAUAUCUGCUUCCAAAUUAUGGGAAGUGUUUUCAUUCUUUCAAGGGCGGUCAUAAUCAAGCCAAGGUACAACCACCCAUUGUCAUUUAUGCACCCAGACAGGCAAUGCAUGUGAUGGGCACCUGUAGUGUUGGUUGCCUCGUAUUCCUCCUCCACUAUUGGGAUUUGUGUGGACUUCCACAGUACUGCCCCCUCUCACAUCCGCUAGGCAACGUUACCUUGUCGAAAACGACAUUUCAACGUCUCAAAGGUAGUCGAGGAGAAAGAAACUUCCCGCUAAACCCGGGACAAUCAACUUCCGUCUCCGUCCCUGCAGGAUGGUCAGGCCGCUUAUGGGGCCGGACGCUUUGCAGUCAGGACCCCACCACGGGGAAGUUUACCUGCAUCACGGGGGAUUGCGGGUCCGGGACUGUAGAAUGCGCAGGAGGAGCAGCUCCGCCGGCUACUCUGGCCGAGUUCACUCUGAAUGGGGCUGGUGGGCUCGACUUCUAUGACGUCAGCCUCGUGGACGGAUACAAUCUGCCCAUGCUGGUGGUCCCACAAGGUGGGUCCGGAGGAAACUGCACGACCGCGGGCUGCGUCAGUGAUCUCAACGACGGGUGUCCGUCGGAGCUGAAGGUGAUGAGCAGCAGCAGCAGCGUGGCCUGCAAAAGCGCAUGUGAUGCGUUCGGAGAUCCUGAGUACUGCUGCAGCGGCGCGUACGGGAAUCCUCAGACUUGCCAGCCAACUUCUUAUUCAGAGUAUUUCAAGAGUGCGUGUCCGCGCGCUUACAGCUACGCCUACGAUGACGGGACCAGCACUUUCACUUGUGCUUCCGCCGAUUACAUCAUCAGUUUUUGCCCAACUCCAGCUGCCAGCAAGAAGUCAGCUGGAUCUGAGACUGCUGGUGCUGGGGCAGGCGACGUUUCAUUGUUCACAAGCGGCAGUGAUUCUUUAAUCUUGGGUCGGCGAUGGCGGCUGAUAACCAGUUUUAUUAUCACUCUCUUGCUGCUGCUGCUGGUUACCCUUCGGCACUUUUAAGCCAAAAAAAAAAAACACACAUACAAGAGUAGUAUUAUUCCAUUUCAGAUCGAUGCAGCCUUUGACUGAUUACAAGAGUAUGGGAUAAAGAGGCCCACGAGAUUUUUUGUACGACUUGAGACAAAAAAAUUUGGAGAAAAAUCAACUGGGGUUCUUGACUAAUUCCAGGCUUUCCAGAUGCCAGCUGCCGUGUUCUGAUUUCGGGCAUUAUGUUAGUUAGGCCUGAGUCCGGCCGAGAUAAAUUGAAAAUUGUAGAAUUUUUGCAUUGAUGUGGAUGUGGCAUGGUGCGGGGGAUUCUUUUCCCACAACUACAAGAUGCUAGGAGGAGGAAGGAGAUAGAGAUACAAGCAAGCAAGCAAGCAAGCAAGAAGAAGGCCGACUGGAAUGGGAACAUACUACUGAUUCAUGUUUGGUCACCAUUCUUCACGCCUGAAUGAAACAUUGAAAGAGACCCUCCAAUCCAAGACGACGACCUCAUCAUCAUGCCGCCGUAGUUGAUUAUUUAAUGCAAUUUGGUUUGAAAUUUGCUAUGUACAAUUAUUAUAAUAGUGCAGUUGCUACUUCUUCUGUCCCACUUUGAUAGUCUUGUUUUCCUUUUUCGUCUGUCCCAAAUUGUAGUCCACUUUCCCAUUAAGAAAUGUAGUAAUCUUUCAAAAUGUCUAAAAUACCCUUAUUAAA